CAUCUCGAUGUCUGCAAGGCUUCAGUCGGAGUCGCAUGGGUUGAAGCCACGAAGCCUCCUGACUGGCAGCCAAAUCCGUUACCAUGACACUGCACAUAAACACAUAAAAUCAAGAACGUGACAUCUUUGACCUUUGUUAAGUUCCUUCGAUACUAAAUGUUUUUCCACCCGAUUCUAAAAUCGGACAUUUCUUUGAACCCUUUAACCAGCAACUCUGAGAAUAUUAAUCAUGAAGUUCAGAGAAAAGAGAAAUGGAAAAACUUAAUUUCCUAGAAGCCGUUUUACUUCGUCUCAAAUGAAGUGUGAUCUUCUUAUCGAGAGAAUUAGACCACAACUUCUUGUCCUGUUUGAGGAAGUGUGCUUCAUUUCUUCACUUAAAGCAGAGCAAAGACGGUCUCGACAGUCUCUUGAAAACUGGACAGGGGGUUUCAAAUUCAUUGAAGGACAAACUCAGAAGAUGACGUCUCAGCAGGUGUGGAGCUUCCUGCCAGUUGCAGCUCUUCUCCUCCUCCUGUCCGUCCACACGUUGGCUGAGGUGGUGGAGUCGAUGUCGGACUGUAGUCAGUUUUUCCUUGACCAAACCCCACCACAUGUUCCAGGCAUUCUGGAGGAUGGGGAGAUCCUCAAUCAGAACCGAUACAAACCCAUUUGCCAGACCUACGAGAACCAAAGGAGAUUUGUCACUCUCUACGAUACCAAAAACAAGAUUCCACUGUUUUCUGCUUUCAGGUUUGUUGGAGAAGUAGACAAGAAGAGACCUGAAAACUUGUGGAAAAUAGAACCACAGCUGGAGAAUGAAGCUGCAGAUAAGAACAUGCAGCUAGAUGACAACAACAAGGAAUACAACCACCAGGCUGGCGACAUUGAUUACAGGUCCAACGAAAGAUUUGACAGGGGUCAUAUAUUUCCCAGCUCUUAUGCCUCAACCAACGAUGAUAAAAUAUCAACUUUUACCCUGACGAACAUCGUUCCCCAAGCUAAGUCCUUCAACCAGGGCAGCUGGAAAAACAUGGAGCAGUGCGUCAAAUGCGUCAUGGAGGAGUACUGCAUCAACAGCAAUGGUGAUAUUGAAGGCUUUGUGGUGACUGGAGCACAACCCAGCUCUGGUAGCUUCCUCAACAACAGGGUCAACGUUCCCUCUGCACUCUGGUCGGCCUUCUGCUGCUACAGCGCCAACAAGAAAGCAUGGCUUGCAAGCGCGCACUGGGGCGACAAUGUUCAAGACGAGUCCAAAAACAAAUUUCUGGACACUAUUACUCUGGAGGCCCUGUACCAGAAACUGAACAUGUCCAACUCUGGGUUUUUAUUUUCGGGAAAAAAUUGUCCUCUCCAAACAACCGUCACCAAGUUUUACCCAGAAAUUGACAAAAUCUGCUCCUGUCCACCAACCAUCCCUGAGUCUUCACCUACUUCGUCUGGUUCCUUCGUACUCCUCAUCAUCUUCCUCUCAUCUACACUUUUUUAUAUACUCAUCACUGGGCAUCGUGCUGAGCAGGACUGAAAAGUGACAACGAAAAGCUUUGAAUGCAUAGCUUUGUCUAAAGCGGCAGCAUACUUAAUCUUUCUGGGUUCUUUAAUCUGUACUACAACUGCUUGCCUUUCUCAGUAGACAGAGCCUCCUUUGAAAGUUAAAUGUCUUGCAAACUCUUUAGAAAUCAUGUCAAUAUAUAUAUAUUUUUUUUACUUUUUUCAAAAUUUUAACAGAUUUACACAACAGUUUAAAGCGACAACAGUACACCUAUCAUCAUCACAGGGUAACAUUUAACAUUUCAGUUCCAGAUGAUUACACCUAUCGAAUGUUGAUUUAUUCCAGGUAGGGUAGCCAGACAUUUAAAAAGGCAUUAUACUUUCUCUUCAUAUUAUUAGUAAUGUUUUCAGGUGGAAUACAGAUGUUAAUCUCAGAGAACCAUCUGAUGAGCAGAGGGCAUUCCAAUUUCGCCGCCUGAAAUUACAUACCCGACAUUAACAUACAGCUGUAAAGCUUAAAUGCAGCCCUUUGGUAUCAGUGUGAAGCCAAGGCAUUAAAGAAUAUUUUUUCAAGUGGAACCUCAACGGCAAAUGUCACAAUGUCUGGUUUAUAGGUGAUUUAACAAAGAACAAAAUCCAAAUCUUUGAGCCUCACCUAAAAUCUUUUCAAAAUAAGGACUUCAAAUCACAAUAAAAAAAACUCUUUG